AAAAAAGCGUGGAAAUAAUAUUUUAAUUACAGUGAAUUUGUGUAAAAACUAUUAUAUAAAAGUUAAUUUUACAUUUUAACCUAAAAUGGCCACUGACGCACAAGCCAAUAACGAAGACUACUCCCAAGAGUAUGGGGAUGAUGACAACAGCCAAGAAUAUGAUGAUGAUCAACCACAAGGAGAUUUUGAUGAUCAAGAGGAAAAUGACGACUACAAUGACCAAAGCCAAGACCAGUCAGGUGGCGGUGGUACUAGCACUUCUGGUAGCCCUAAAUAUAUCCGUUUACGUGGCUUACCAUGGUCUGCGACGCAUCAAGAAAUCUUAGAUUUUCUGGGAAAUGUUAAUGUUGUUAAUGGCUCAAAGGGUAUUCAUCUCAUAACCAGCCGCUGGGAUGGCAAAAAUACCGGUGAAGCAUACGUUGAAGUGCAGGCCCAAGAGGAUGUUGAAGAAGCGCGCAAAUUAAAUAAGGGUAGUAUGGGACAUCGCUACAUUGAAGUAUUCACCGCUAACCCAAAGGAAGCGAAAGAAGCCAUGCGUAAAACCGGUAGCCAUGGCGUAUCAUACGUUGUGAAACUGCGUGGACUGCCAUAUGCAGUCACCGAACAACAAGUUGAGGAAUUCUUUAACGGGUUGGAAAUCAAACCGGAUCGGGAGGGAAUACUUUUUGUUAUGGACAAAAGGGGUCGUGCGACUGGGGAAGCUUUUGUUCAGUUCGAAAGCCAGGAAGACACUGAACAAGCCUUGGGACGUAAUCGGGAAAAGAUUGGGCACAGGUACAUUGAGAUCUUUCGUAGCUCUUUGGCUGAGCUGAAGCGUGCCUCCAAGGGUAAUGGGCGUACAGGUCCGUAUGACUUGAAGGAUCGUGGCGGCAAUCGUGGCAAUGAUUUUGGCGGCGGCCGUAAUAUGCGUGGCGGCAAUGAUUGGGGCAACAACGGUGGCCCGUUUGGCAUUGGCGCUAAUAAUUCACUUGGCUUCAAUAAUCUACCUAAUUUUACUAACUCUGGCAAUUUUGGCAAUAAUUUUGGACCUAAUGGAGGUGGUGGCAACGGCGGCGGUGGCUUUGGAAAUGGCGGCGGUGGUUUUGGCGGUUUCGGCAAUGGCGGAAACUUUGGCAACGGUAAUGGCAAUGGCGGCGGUGGUGGCGGCUUUGGUGGCAAUAAUCGUUUCAACAACAGCGGCGGCAACUUUGGUAAUGAUUUCGGUGACUUUGGCAAUUUUGGCAACAACCGAAACUUCAGCAAUGGCGGCAAUUUUGGCAAUGAUUUUCCUAGCGGCAAUAAUCGUAACGGCGGAAGCAUCGGUGGGGGACCCAAUGGCGGCGGAAACUUUGGCAAUUUCGGCAAUUUCUUCGAUAGCAACGGUGGUGGCGGCGGCGGUUCAGGUGGUGGCAAUGGAAAUAUGGGCGGUGGCUUCAAUGGCGGCAAUGCCAUGGGCGGUGGUGGCAACAAUGGCGGCAAUUUUGGACCCAUUGGUGGUGGUCGCAAUGAUAAUGAAUACUUUACCAUACAUAUGCGCGGACUGCCAUAUCAGGCCUUCGAAAAUGAAAUUUAUAAGUUUUUCGACCCGAUUCGCCCAUCCAACGUACGCGUAAAUUUCAACAAGAAGGGUUUGCACAGUGGCACCGCUGAUGUUUUCUUCGAAUCAUAUGAAGAUGCACAGCUAGCGAUGAAGCGACAUCGCGAGCAAAUGGGUUCACGUUAUAUUGAGCUCUUCUUCGAUGGCAAGACCAAAGUCGGCAAUAUACAAUCUGGUGGUGGUGGCGGCGGUGGCAACUACUCUCGCCGUAUCUAAAUAAUUGAAACGAUAAGAAGUGGAAGGCUUGGCUUCUUUACAUUUGCUAAAAUGUAAUGCGCAAGUAAAAAGAUAAAACCAAGCCAGAAGGCAAAUGAUAAAUGUUGCACUACGUAACAAAAAAUUCAAAUAAAAACAAUUAUUACAAGCAAUGCCGUCAUUUGUGAACGAUCCGCAUGUUUACUGCAUUCAAACUAUGUAUUGCAAUGGUCCAAACUCAUGUAACACCGUUACUUUUAUAAUAAUUUAAUUUGUAAUUUGUCUAUGCUGUAAGUCAAUUCAAUAACAUGAAACUAUCUACCCAUAAAUUUAAAUAAAGAAUACCGUUAAGUUUUAUUUUUUAACGCAUAGUGGAAAAUGAAAAUGUAUUCUUUGUCACGCAUCCUCGUGCCUACAUACAUGCAUAUGCGUACAAACCUGAAAUAAUUUUAACACGCACAUUGCUGAAUCGGAAGUUUCAAAUGAGUUAUUUUUUUAUUUGAUUAGUUUUAAAAGCUUAACGUUGUCGCUUUAUUUUCAAGCAAUUU